GUCAGCUGGUGCUAAAACAUUUAAUGCUCGAUUUACAUUUAUGCAAAGAAUAUCUAAAAAUAAAUCGAAUACAAAUUUGUGAAUAGCUUUUGGUAUUUUUGCCGGCUGUAAAGUUCGCAUAAAUUAGCAAUGCGAGCGUGAGCAAGAGGCGAAUUGCGUGAUUGUCGUGAAUUAUUUUGUUUUUCUUUGUGUGCGUGAAGCGAAAAACAACGUAAAGUGCAAUUAUAUUCAAAAUGUCAAACUUAAAACAAACCGUUGCACAUUUAUAUCGGCAAUAUGAGCUCGUUACUUGCAUUAACAUGUUUGAGCCGUGGGAGAAGAAACUAAUUAAUGGAUUUGUCCUGAUUAUGGUUGUACUUUUGAUCUUCUCGAGCUAUGUGUACUUGCCCAGCUAUAUGGAAAAUCUACUGGAGGUUAUAAGGCCGACAAGUGGAUCAAGUCAGUCCACGGAGAAGUCGUUUGUGCCACAAAAAAUUAGCAGCUUCUGAGACUCCCGGGAAAUCUUCCACACACUACGAACAGAUUAAUAAUAUGUAUAUAUACUAUAAAUACUUGCGCAAUUGGAAGACAAUUAGAAUUUAAUAACAUUUUGUGAUUUACUUUAACUGUAGCAAAAUCUGUAAAUAUUUUAAUGUGCCACGGUAUAUUCGAUUUGCCCACUUAAAAA